CUCUCCCAUCCGUUCCCCAACCCCAGCAGCUGCCGCCAGCCCACUAGCGCGCACAAAGCUCCGCGGCUCAGCGAUGGCGCGCCCCCCGCCCUACGCCGCCUGGGCCCGCGCCGGCAUCAUCGGAGCCAGCCCUGUCCCGCUCGCCGGAAGGAGCUCCAGGUCCCUGCUCACCUGAAGGCCAGCCUCGCCGCCAGCCAGAGAACCCGUCCGUGCAGCAGCGUUGCCUCGUUGGCCAGGAUCCCGUCCUGCUGCUCCCCUGCAACGAACGCCGCCCGGUCGGCUCCACCGGUCCCAGCAGCCGCCGCCGGCGAUCUGCGUCCCGGCUAGGCACUCCCUCGAGCCGGAAGGUCAAGGACUUGCCAAAGCUGCAUUGGACUCACAAUAAUCUCACUGUCAUGGAUGUGACACCCUUGUGGAACCACUCAUCCGAUGCUCUGCUAUAUGCUCACCAUCCUUCUCACAUGGUGGAUUUGAAUAAAUCACAGAAUCCAGAUGGUUUUAGCCAUUGUCAUGAGCUAGGCAGGCAGGCCCCUCAUUUCCUUGGCAAUGGGGUCUCAUGGGGGAAUUUGGAUGCCAAGGGUUCGAUUCCGAGGAAGCAAGUGUUCCAAACAGAUGAGGUUUUGCUUUCGCAGGUGGAUUUGAAUAAAACACAGAAUCCAGAUGGUUUUAGCCAUUGUCAUGAGCUAGGCAGGCAGGCCCCUCAUUUUCUCGUCAAUGGGGUCUCAUGGGGGAAUUUGGAUGCCAAGGGUUCAAUUCCGAGGAAGCCUGACUCUUGCGGUGUACAGGGAAAGUCUGGUUGCCACUAUAUCAUUGAUUUAGAGAAACCAGCCACAUUGGAUUGUGGUGUACAGGGAAAGUCUGGUUGCCACUAUAUCAUUGAUUUAGAGAAACCAGCCACAUUGGAUUGCAGUGUACAGGGAAAGUCAGGUUGCCACUAUAUCAUUGAUUUAGAGAAACCAGCCACAUUGGAUGAUGAGGAUGCAGACUAUGCUAACCACAAUGGUGUUCUUUCAGAUAAUUCACAAUGUGUUCCACUGGAUAGCUCUUCGGUGAUGCGUGGUUCAGUUGGUUCCAGUGAUACUCCAGACAGUCAUUCACCUGCCAGAACAAAGAAUACAGCAUCUGGACGCAUGUUUAUUGAUCUGAAUAUAGCCCAGGAGGAUGAUUUUAAUUUUUGCCCUGAUCCCUCCAAAUUGGUGUGUUCUACUUCAACUAGUUCCGCUACAAGACAGUCUGGAGGUUUUUGCAACAAUUCGAGCAAAACAUUCCUCAAAGGAAGUGAAUCUAGUAUCGGAUCAUCGAAAGGAUCCUCCGUAACAGUCGCCACGACUAUCACUGUUCCAGAUAGUUCAAGGGAAGUGUUGGCUGCAGGUGUAUUUCGUGAUUUCCAGAGCCACAAGCCUUUCUUUAUGGAAACAUCAAAUCCACUUCCCAGAAAAAAUACCCAUCAUCAGAUGAUUUCCAGAUUGGAGUCUCAGGGUUGUAUGGAAAUGGAAGUACCACGGAAAGAACUCUCAGUUCGUUCCAGUGGUGAAAAUAAUUCUUAUUCAGGUUUAACUAAACUGGGAGGCAGCCAAGCCUCAGAUUUAAUGGGACAAGUACAGACAGCUGUUGUUGUACAUAGGGAUAACCAAGAGGAAACUAUAACAGUAAUAUCUGAUCACAAAGUGAAAGGCUUUGACCUAAAUGUAGCAGUUGAGAGCACUGAUUUUCCAGCAAAUUUUGAAAGCAGUUAUUUAAGGCAACAUGUAAAUAAUGAUGGCAGACAUUGUUUGGCUCAGAAUGAGGCUCAGCAAAAUAUUGCUCCCAUUGAAUGUCCAAUUAUUAGAAACCAGAACAUGUCUGCUAAGAGCACGGAUGGUGAGGAUGUACAGAGUCCAGUUUCUGGAAUUGCAAUUAACAGGUCUGUUGUGAUCCCGGAAACUCCUCAGGGUCGCGACUAUGCAUGUCCACGGUCGAGAUCGUCAUGUAAUGCAGCAUCAGUUGCGCCUGAAGCUGUCAGCUUUGAUGAAACGGAGAUGGGGGAGGAUGAAAAAAGUGCUGCUACAGCAGCCGAGACACUUGUUUCCAUGUUUGCGAGCUACUCUGCAUGGUUGACAGAUGGCCCUGGAAGCAACGGUGAAACAGACGCUGAGGAUGCAACACAGGAACCUGCACCUUCGUUGAAUUCUUUUGAGGAAAGCAUACUGAGCCUAGAGGAGAUGAAAGAUGACGGGGAAUCGGUCCCAGUGAGAGCACCCGGCAACGAUGGGCCUUCAUGUGGGAUUAAGCUGAAGAGAGGGAGGGGGUUGAGAGAUUUUCAGAGGGAAAUAUUGCCUGGGCUUGUGUCUCUGGCGAGGCAUGAAAUAUGUGAUGACUUGCACUCCAUAGGGUACGAAAUCAGGAAAACCCGGUCACGGAGAAGCCCUGGUGAUGAGGGUAGUCCACCAACACGAAUACGACUGCCAAGGCGUUGUUCUACUGCAUGGAACCGAUGAACACAAACAAGAAGUCCUCAACGUCACACUGUGACAUCAUUUCACAGCAUUCAUUCAGCGGCAAGAAACAGGAAGGAAAAGCAGAGUUAGCUUUGAAGGCCGCCGAACCUAACUGGCUUUGUGAAUCGAGCGGUGCACGGAGCAUGCAUUGCUGGAAAUGAAACCCGUUGUAUCAAUAGCCAUUUGAUUGGAGAGAUUUGUUUCAAUUGUAAUCUGCAACUGUGGCCAAAGGCGAAUCGUCGCGUUAGAUGUAAUUGUGCUUUAGGAGGUGCAUAUCUGAAUGUAGCAACUGAUGAUGAAUGGCUAGCUCCAUAGGAUUGAAUUGAAUGGAAUGGAAUAAAAUGUUUGGCUCUGUUCUUGUACCUUUCA